CAUAAAUUGACUAAUAGAAAAAUAAUUUCCGUUUCAUUUUCUUUUCGGUAAAAACUAUCAAUUUGUCAAGAUGGGUCGUAUGCACGCUCCUGGCAAGGGUAUAUCCCAAUCAGCAUUACCAUACAGAAGAUCAGUUCCAUCAUGGUUGAAAUUAACUGCAGAAGAUGUAAAAGAACAAAUCAAAAAAUUAGGAAAGAAAGGAAUGACUCCUUCAAAAAUUGGUAUUAUCCUCCGAGAUUCCCAUGGUGUGGCGCAAGUUCGCUUUGUUAAUGGCAAUAAAAUUUUAAGAAUAAUGAAAUCAGUUGGACUCAAGCCAGACAUUCCCGAGGAUCUGUACUUUAUGAUAAAAAAAGCGGUGGCCAUCCGUAAGCAUUUGGAAAGAAAUCGCAAAGAUAAGGAUGGUAAAUUCAGAUUAAUUUUGGUUGAAUCCAGAAUUCAUAGAUUAGCACGUUAUUACAAAACUAAAAGUGUACUUCCCCCAAAUUGGAAGUAUGAGUCAAGCACAGCUUCUGCUUUGGUUGCUUAAUUUUAUGUUAAAAAGUACAUUUUAAAUUGUAAUUUUAAAAAGGUAAAAAUACACAACCGAAUGUGAAAAAACAA